AUGGGUCCCGAGGUCUGCUCCGGCGCCGGGGAGAUCAGGGUCGGCCGAGUCGACGACGUUCAGGAACUGGGCAAAGCGCAACCGGCGGCGGUACCGGAGAGGUACUUGCGAGAUGGCGGCGACCGGCCGUCACCGCCGCCCCCCGUCGGUGUUCACUCCGAGAAAGUACCCGUCGUCGAUAUGUCCAAGCUGGCCGUAGGCGGCGGCCACGGCGACGGGGGCCAUGAGCUGGCCAAGCUAGCUUCCGCAUGCGAGGAGUGGGGGUUCUUUCAGGUCCCUUCUUCUUCUUCUUCUGCUGCUGCUGCUGCUGCUUCUUCUUCUUCUUCUUAUUAUCUGGCUCUGCGAUGGCAGGUGGUGAACCACGGCGUCGAGGAGGAGCUGAUGGCGAGGAUGGAGGCGCUGGCCAUGGAGUUCUUCAUGCUGCCCCUGGAAGAGAAGGAGAGGUACCCCAUGGCCCCGGGAACCGUGCAGGGCUACGGCCACGCCUUUGUCUUUUCUGCGGACCAGAAGCUCGACUGGUGUAACAUGCUGGGGCUCGGCCUAGAGCCCCCCUCCAUCAGGGUCCCCGAGCUCUGGCCGGCGAACCCCCCCCUCUUCAGGUCCCCAUCUCCCCAGACCUCCAAAUCCACGGCGGCGCCGCCACUCCUCUCCCUCUUCUGAGAUAUUCCUACCUCUUUCUCUCUCUCUCUCUCUCUCUCUCUCUGUAACUGUCUGCAGCGAGACGCUGGAGCUGUACUCUGCGGAGAUCGGGAAGCUCUGCCGGAGGCUUCUGGCGCUGGUGGCGGCGAGCUUGGGCCUCCCGCUGGCGGCCUUCGACGCCAUCUUCAGCGCGGCGGUGCAGGCGGUGAGGAUGAACUAUUAUCCGCCAUGCCCAUGGCCGGACCUCGUCCUCGGCCUGAGUCCCCACUCCGACGGCAGCGCCCUCACCGUCCUCCACCAGCACGCCGACUCCGCCGCCGGCCUGCAGGUCCUCAAGGGCGGCGCCUGGUUCCCCGUCCUCCCCCUUCCCGGCGCUCUGGUCGUCAACAUCGGCGACACCCUCGAGGUUAGGCCAACCCCUUCCCUCCCUUCCUCCGCCAUUACCGCUGAAGCCGCCUUCACCUUCUUCUGUUCAGGUCCUCACGAACGGGAAAUACCAGAGCGUGGAGCACAGGGCAGUCACCAGCGAGGAGAGGGAGCGGCUUUCGCUGGUGACCUUCUUCGCGCCGGGGUACGACGUCCAGAUCGGUCCCUUGCCGGAGUUCGUCGGCGCCGCCAGGCCCUGCCGCUACAGGAGCUUCAAUCACGGCGAGUACAACCGCCACUACCUCUCCCGCAGGCUCCAGGGAAAGAUGGCGCUGAACUUCGCUCUGCUAGACGCCAGCGAAGGCGAGGAAGAUCGCCGGAGCGCGCCUCCAUAG